AUGAGCUCGAAUCUGGUGGUUUAUUUCAAGGAGCGUCUCAACCAGCAUAGCGCAACCGCUUCAAACAACGUCUCUAACUGGUCGGGGACGUGCUACAUCACGCCCCUCAUUGGGGCUUUUUUGGCCGAUGCCUAUCUCGGGAGAUAUUGGACGAUAGCAUGCUUCUCAAUCAUUUACCUUAUUGGAACGACAAUGUUGACACUAUCGGCUUCAAUUCCUGGCCUCAAACCCACCAGCCACGGGCCAACCACCACCCAGUCCGCCGCCUGUUUCACAUCGCUCUACCUGAUCGCUGUUGGGACGGGCGGCAUCAAGCCUCCUUACGUGGAUCCAAACCAAUGUGGGCUGGCAGCGGGCUUUGGGAUCCCGGCAGCCUCUAUGGUCGUGGCAGUUGCGAUUUUCUUCUCCGGAACACGGUUGUACCGGAAUCAAAGGCUCGAGGGAAGCCCGCUCGUGCGCUUGUGCCAGGUGUUGGUGGCGUCGUGCAGGAAGUGUGGGGUCCGUGUUCCCGAUGAUGUGUCGCUUCUGUACGAGACGUUGGAUGUAGAGUCUACGGUCAGGGGUAGCCGCAAGCUCAGACAUAUCAAUGAUCUCAGGUUUUUUGACAAGGCUGCAGUCAAGACACAGUCGUCGUCAGAUCACGAAACAGGGCCCGUGAACCCAUGGCUUCUCUGCACCGUCACCCAAGUCGAGGAGCUCAAAGCCAUUGUCCGUCUUCUCCCCGUGUGGGCCACUGGCAUCGUCUUCUCGGUAGUGUACAGCCAAAUCUCCACCUUAUUCGUCCUCCAGGGCCUCACCAUGAACCCCCACCUCGUCCGAGGAUCCACCUUCCGAAUCCCUGCAGCUUCCCUCAGCAUAUUCGACACUCUCAGCAUCAUCUUCUGGGUCCCCAUCUAUGACCGCCUCAUUGUCCCCGCGGCCCGCAAGCUCACGGGCCGCACAAAUGGGCUGACACAGCUUCAGCGCAUUGGCACGGGCCUCUUCAUCUCGAUUUUUGCCAUGUUGUCGGCCGGAGCCCUCGAGUUCGUCCGCCUAGGCUACGUGAGACGACACAACGCGUACCAAAUGUUAGAAGUACCGAUGUCGAUUUUAUGGCAGGUCCCGCAGUAUUUUCUCGUCGGGUGUGCCGAGGUGUUUGUGUUUGUUGGUCAGCUCGAGUUUUUUUACGAGCAGGCGCCGGAUUCAAUGAGGAGUCUGUGCUCGGCUCUGCAGCUCACGAUGGUGGGCCUCGGGAGCUAUUUGAGCACGCUGCUCGUGAGCAGUAGAGUGGGGUGGAUUCCGGACAACCUUAACUACGGGCAUCUCGAUUAUUUUUACUGGCUGAUGGCGGGGUUGAGCGUGGUGAAUCUAGGGGUUUUUAUGGUGGUGGCCAGGUGGUAUACUUACAAGAAGCCGGUCGGGUUUUUGUGGUGGUGGCCAGGUGUUACACUUACAAGUGCUGAUCAGUUCUUGUGUAUGCACGCGUUACAUGGGCCGGGAUCUUUGUAG